AUGUUUGAUAUAGACUACAUUGGGAUAAACCAGUUUGCUUACACGUUCAACAAACUUGUCAAUUCAAACAAUGCAAAUGUGUUUGCAGAUCAAUUGACUGAAAUGGCAACAGAAUGCCUCGAACUAAUGGACCAGUAUCAAGCAUUACACCCGUCGUAUAUACAAAUGCUUUCGUUUCUUAUGUCGCAAGGUGUUGAUAUCUCAAAAUACAACGACGAAUGGGUUCAUCGGUUGAACUCAUGGCUAGGAACUUAUACGUCUCAAUUGCGAAAGUACGAGAAUGAAACAAACUUGAGAGGAGAUGUAGCUACCGAGUUUUUUGAGAAAAUAAGAACAGUUGUGAUCGCAUUGACCAUCCAAACCAAAUAUCAGGAAGCACUAAACUAUUUGAACCGGUAUGCCUCUGUUGUGGAUUUCUCGUCCCAGCCAAAGACAAAGGGUCAAUUUCAGUGCAAUAGAUAUGUCGAGUACUUGUUUAUGAAGUUCAUCAUCAAUAUUUUCAGCUUAAUUUGGUUUCCUUUGGAUGACAAUGACUACACCAUUGCUGCUGGAAUGUAUGUUAAAGAUGGGGAUAAACUACUUUACUCAACUUCCUCGUUCAAGCCAUUAUCCAAAAUAUACAACAAUGUGGCUUCGUACCACAAGAAAAACAUUGCCUUAUUUGAAGAGAAUGAUGAUGAAAUGAGAUACUACUGGUUGGUGAGGUUUCUACAUCUCAGUUUGCUUUUCAAACAAUUUGAAUUUGUUGAGUUUCAAAAGGAGUUUUUUGAGUUGUUUGUUUCGCAGAAGGAGCCAACCAAGUACUUGUUUGCUGAUACUUUACUCAUAAAGAGAAACCUCCUCGUCAUGUACGCAAUAGUGCUAAUUUUUACCAAACCAUUCAACACACUCACAUCUAUAAACAUUGAAAAUGAGCAAUUAAUAGAUUCAUAUUAUAGAGACCCAGCCUCAAUCGAGUACAAGUUUUUCAAACGAGUGUUGAAGCCCUUGGGUAAGUUGGAUUUGCCUCAAGUGAGAGAAGCUCUUACAAAUAGCUCAUUUUUAUCCGAGCUAAUUGCAACAUUGGAAUACACAUUGCCAGUCUCAACAGCAAGAUUUCACAAUAAUUCAAAUUUCUUUAUAGAACAUAUGAAGUCUACAAUUGAUCUCAAGAUGUUUUUACUUUUCAUUUCAAAUUCAAGAUCCAUAUCAAGGCAACAGUUGCUAAGAUUGAUGGGAUAUGAUUUGGCCUCGACGAAUGAACUGGAGUUGAAUGAAAUUUCAAAUCAGUUGGUGGGGACAUUGUCCGCACUAAGUUUGGGGAGGGUAGGUAUCAAUUACCUAGCUGAUAAGCAGUUAUUUGUUAAUAAUGGGGGCGUGAAUAGCGCAGAUGAGGUGUCUAGAUUACAAGAUGAGAUCGACACCGUGCAGAAUGAGUUAAAGGGAGAGGCAUUGACUGUGUUGAUUGCAAACAUGGUUCUGGCGAGUAUUUACCAAGAGGAGUAA